AAGCCGAACUCCGAAGUCAGUCUCGCGGCAUCGUCGCCCGCGGAUAGUCGCGGACACUUUGUGUCGCACAAUCGUCGGUGUUUAGUGUACAAUUUUGCUUUAUUCUUUUUAGUGCUUCUUUAAAAUAUUCACCAUGGAUCCCGAGGCGUUUUUGGACCUGGCCAAUCAGGUCAUUAAACUGAAAAUGUAUCCAUAUUUCGACAUCGCGCAUUCAUUAUUAUGCGCUCUUGCCGUGAGGGAAGAUUUAGGGGCUGGAGCACAAGCGUUCUCUCGCAAACACCCUCUAGCGUGUUGGCUGUCCACCAUGCUAGUGAUCUUCGCGGGCGGCAUGGUGGCCAACGGGCUGCUCGGGGAGCCCAUUCUGGCCCCUCUUAAAAACACACCACAGCUACUGAUAGGAACGAUUACAUGGUACGUGGUGUUCUACACGCCAUUCGACGUGGGGUACAAAGUUGCCAAAUUCCUUCCCGUGAAGGUGACGGCUGCGGCCAUGAAGGAGAUAUACAGGGCGAAGAAAGUGUACGAUGGAGUAUCUCACGCAGCUAAACUGUACCCUAACGCUUACAUCAUCAUGGUCAUCAUCGGAACGAUAAAGGGCAACGGCGCUGGCUUCACCAAGUUAGUGGAGAGGCUGGUUCGCGGCGCUUGGACCCCCACCGCCAUGGAGACCAUGCAGCCCACCUUUUACACAAAAGCUUCUCUGGUGGCCUCAAUAAUCUUCGUGCUGGACAAGAAGACGGAUCUCAUCUCCGCGCCUCACGCGCUCGUCUACUUCGGGAUCGUCAUCUUCUUUGUUUACUUCAAGCUAUCUUCGAUAUUGCUGGGCAUCCACGACCCCUUCGUGCCUUUUGAGAAUCUCUUCAGCGCCUUGUUCUUGGGCGGCAUUUGGGACUCGCUCGCCAAAAUACUCGGAAAGGGGCAGCCCAAGGAGGACUCCAAGGACGCCAAAAAGGCUAAUUGAGCUGAAAGCAACGUGACCAUUCGAGUGCAGGAGGAGAGGACCUGGCUUUGCGACCUGAAGGCUAUUAAAUAACAAAAAUAAUAUAAAAAAAUUGUAAAAUUCUAUAACGAAAAAAAAAAUGGUGCAGCGACCAAAGUUAUUAUAUGUACUUUAAGUAUUUUUAUUAAAAUAAUUGACUAGUCAUAAACCAUUUACCGGCACAAGUUAGGUGUUUGCUAAUUAUGUUUUAGCUCUUAAGUUAAUGUUGCUUUAUCUUAGUUCGUUAGGUGCGUACGUAUUAUUUGACCUUAAGAGAAAGCUUCUCAAAUGGUAUUUUGUUAACAGUUAGCGAUAAUAAUAUGUAGCAAUGAUUUACAGUAAGACUUUAAGACUGUAAAGUCGCACAAUUCGUUCCGAAAUGUUUUGAUUGGAGCUCAGUAUUGAACGCACGAGUUUUUUUGACAAAUUUAGUUCCUGUUUUUCAAAACGUACUAUAUGUACGUAAGUAUGCGUAGGAGCAUUGUGAAUAUAUUCUAUAAUGUAGAGAUUAAGUAUUAUACAUAUUUAUUACGAAACGAUUCACGAUAAAUAACGAUCCUUCCGACCCUUUCCCCUUUCUGUAUUUUAAACAUUUUCUAAUUGUGAAUUUAUUAAUUGAAUUCGAGAAUUAAUUGUUAAAUAAUUGUUAGAAUGUGAAACGUCUGACCGAACUGCGAGGGUGUUUGCAGCGAGGAUCACGUGUUUCGUCUGGUUCAGUGGAUCUAAUUCAUUUCAUUUAUAUGAAACGAACCCAAGGAAGGAAUAAAGUUUGACUAUGA